UGGAGUUGAGUUGAGAGAGAGAUGGAGGGAGGAGAGCCGAGCACUGUGAGAAUUCCUGCUGUGUUAGCAUCCACCCAGCAACUCUGUCAAUACUGCAUACAGCUAAGAAACAGGCAGAGGCCCCUGGUGCUGCAUUUGCCGGCUCCGUCAGUGAGAGAGAGCAGCUUCCACAAUCCCCCCAAUCCGUGUGCUGCUCGAGAGGUUUUUCCCAGGGAUAACACACCCACCAGAGCCCUGGCCGUUACUGCUGCGUCGGAGGGAGAGGAAGAGACAGUAGGAGAGCUGAACAGUAGAUACGGAGUGGGAAUACUCUAGAAGAGAGAGACGAUCCUGGGGGAGGGACAGGAUUCUUGGAAGACUGGGUGUGAUAGUAUUCUAACGUGCUCCACAGGAAAGGCUGAACACUGGGGCGUUUGACAGACAAGCACUCAGCGGUGCACCUGCUCCACACUAGCUUGUUGGGUGGUGAUGUGGGAGAGCUGAUGUCUACAAUGGCUGACCUGGAUCUGCACCUGCACAUACUGAUACCCCCGUUUCAACACUGUCGUGGUUACCUCCCAACCCAGCAGCCCAACCCCAGGAUCUGACCCUGUCUCUUCCUCACCUCCCCUGGGCUUCCUCCAGCCAGGCCUCCUGGAUCUACCCUGGGCCCAUAAUGGGAGGAUGCCUCUCCAAAAGCAAGCCAGUUGAAGUGAAGGUGGAGCUAACCCUUCUGGGCAAAGAAAAGGAUCCAGGUGUGAAGUCCGCCAAUGGAAAGGCGAGCCCCUUUUCUGACUGCAGACCCAACGGAGCACUGGAACACUGCUCCGAUGAGGACUCCGCUGCUGCCGCCCCCCUCAGGCUCUACAAACCCCCUGAUUACCUGGAGGCCUCCGUGUGUCAUGUCAAGGACCUGGAAAAUGGACAGAUGAGAGAGGUUGAUUUGGGAAGUGGCAGAGCGCUGCUCAUUAAAGAACAUGGAGAGUUUUCUGCAAUGGGGCACAAGUGCCCGCAUUAUGGGGCACCACUGGUCAAAGGUAUCUUGUCUAAAGGCCACGUGCGUUGCCCCUGGCAUGGAGCUUGUUUCAACAUCGUUACAGGAGACAUUGAGGAAUUUCCUGGGCUUGACAGCCUGCCCACCUUCCAGGUCCGAGUUGAAAAGGACAAAGUGAUAAUUCGUGCUAACAAACAGGAUCUUCAGUCACAGAAGAGGUCAAAAGCAAUGGCCCGAUGUUCAGCAGUUAACUCCAGCACUGGCUUCAGCCAGGUCCUUAUCGUUGGAUCAGGUCCAGCAGGGCUGGUGUGCGCUGAGACAUUGCGACAGGAAGGCUUCACUGAUCGCAUUGUCAUGUGCACCAUGGACAAACACCCACCCUAUGACAGGCCUAAACUGAGUAAGUCCUUAGAGAGCACAGCAGAGCAGCUCCGGCUACGCUCCAUAGACUUCCUCCAAGCCCACGACAUCGAGUUGCUCACGGAGAAGGAGGCUGUGGCAGUGGACAUCAAGACGAGGGCUGUGACUUUUCAAGACGACUCUAGGAUGGAAUACAGGAAGCUUUUCAUUGCCACAGGAAGCAAACCCAAGCUGAUGAACUACAAAGGCCAGGACGUUAGGAAUGUGUUUCACCUCCGAACCCCUGAAGAUGCUAACAGCGUAGCGAGGCUGGCCAACAACAAGAAUGCUGUAAUUGUGGGAACAUCAUUUGUUGGUAUGGAGGUGGCUGCUGCUCUCACCGACAAGGCCCACUCUGUCUCCAUCAUUGGGAUAGAAGCAAUCCCUUUCCGGAAAGCUCUGGGGGAGAAAGUAGGGAAAGCCAUAAUGAAGCUGUUUGAGACGAACAGGGUGAAGUUCUACAUGUUGAACGAGGUAUCGGAGAUGCUUGGCCAUGAUGGACAGUUGAAAGAGGUGGUUCUGAAGAGUGGGAAAGUACUAAGGGCGGACGUGUGUGUCAUUGGCACAGGGUCAGGCCCAGCCACUGGCUUCCUGAAACAGAGUGGAGUUCACAUGGAUUCCAAGGGUUUUGUCCCCGUCAACAAGACAAUGCAGACCAACGUUGAUGGUGUCUUUGCCGGAGGAGACAUUGUGACGUUUCCUUUUCCGGGGCGGGGCAAUAAGAAGGUGAACAUCCCACACUGGCAAAUGGCCCAUGUGCAUGGGAGAGCAGCAGCACUUGGCAUGAUGGGAAGACCCACUGAGAUCAAAACAGUGCCCUAUUUCUGGUCGGCCAUGUUUGGGAAAAGCCUACGCUAUGCAGGUUACGGGGAUGGCUUUGAUGACGUCAUCAUCCAAGGAGACGUGGAUGAGCUGAAGUUUGUGGCAUUUUAUACCAGGGGUGAGGAGGUGGUUGCCGUGGCCAGCAUGAACUAUGACCCCAUUGUAUCCCGUGUGGCAGAGGUCUUAAGGUCUGGAAAGAUGAUUAGAAAGCGAGAUGUGGAGACAGGGGACAUGUCUUGGUUGAUAGACAAAGGGUCGUAGUGAGCGAGCCUCCACAUCUCAGGCUCUCCGUGCAUCUGGGGUCGGUUGGACACUAACUAUGGACACUUGUGGUGUUGAUGAGAUGCUGUGCCAUACUGUAGACAUACAGCAGAAGACCCAUGUCUGGGACUAUUGGAGUUGCUCCCCUGGAAUCGAGGCUGAGACGGUUCUACAUUGAACCUCCACGGUGAUAGGCUGUACAUACAGUAUUCUUACCAAAAGCAUGAACCAUAUAUGGUGUUAACAUGCUCCAAUACCGUAAUGGAAGAUCUGUGUCCUAAUGCUACUUCACAGUGAAGCAAACAUGGAUGCAGUCUCUGUGCUUCUGCAUUAUAUUAUCUACCUGUACACUUUUUUUUAUAAGGGGCCAGAUAGGGGUAUUGAAUUUUUUUGUACAUGCAACUUUGUAUAUAGUUAUAAUUCUCAAUACACUGUAAACAAAACAGUUUUAAACUGUAGUUUUCUAAGGUUGAGAUGAAACUAAUCUGGUUAAGUAUGAUCAUGUGGGCUAAAACAGGCAAUGUACAGUAUAUCUGGUAGUUGAAAUAAUAGGAUUUCUAAUAGAUUGUUCAGCCCCAACUCAUCGAAGCAAAGACAUUGUUACCUAUAAAAGCCACUUAAAACAAUGCUUAGAUUUGUCAGCUUUGCAUUUUGACCCUUAACUGCACAAUGUUUGCCUCAAAGCCAUGCAAACAGCCUGGUCUUAUAGACUAGACAUAACAUAGUACGUGUAAAUCUGGGAUAUUCAAAUUAAUAUGAUAUGUAUGUUAAGUAUAACGCGUUUAGCAUUUUAGCAACUUUACAAGUACUUACUACUUUUUAGCUACUUUGCAUGUUAGCUAACCCUUCC